UGGGCUAAGGGCGAGUUGAGGGCUUCCCAGCCAUGAACCGCUUCAAUGGACUCUGCAAGGUGUGCUCAGAGCGGAGAUACAGGCAGCUCACCAUCCCUCGCGGCAGCGACGGCUUCGGCUUCACCAUCUGCUGCGACUCCCCGGUCCGUGUGCAGGCUGUGGACUCUGGUGGCCCAGCAGAGAAGGCUGGUCUGCAGCAGCUGGACACGGUGCUGCAGCUGAACGAGCAGCCUGUGGAGCACUGGAAGUGUGUGGAGCUGGCACACGAAAUCCGGAACUGUCCCACCGAGAUCGUUCUGCUGGUGUGGAGGCUGGUCCCGCAGGUCAGGGCAGGCCACGAGGGCGCGAUCCGCAGGUCCUCCUGCAAGUCUGCCUACGACCUGCAGUCCCUCCCCAGCAAGCGGGAGAAGAGCGGCGCCGUGCGGCCCGAGCAGCGCCGCAGCUGCCACCUGCUGUACGGCACCGACGGGCUGCUGCUCGACCCCUGGGACGGGGACACGCAGCUGGGCAAGAGGAGCCAGAGCACCAUGCCGGCCCUGGCCAGGGGCCCCUCUGCUGCCGACCAGAACUACAUCAUCUUAACCCCCUUGAACCCGGGCAGCCAGCUGCUGAGGCCUGUCUAUCAGGAGGACAAUGCUACUGUGGGAAAUGGCUGCAAAGGGAAAUCCCAGACAGGCUCUGGCAGGAAAUCCAGGCUGAUGAAGACUGUGCAGUCGAUGAAGAGCUCUGGGAACUACCAGAACUGCACCAUCGUGAGGCCACACAUCCCACACUCCAGCUACGGCACCUAUGUCACACUGGCUCCCAAGGUGCUGGUGUUCCCAGUCUUUGUGCAGCCCUUAGACCUCUGCAACCCAGCCAGGACUCUGCUGCUGUCAGAGGAGCUGCUUCUCCACGAGAGCAGGAGGAAGGCUCUCCAGGUGACUCUUUUUGUCUACUCCGACCUGCUGCUCUUCACCAAGGAGGAUGAGCCCGGGCGCUGCAACGUGCUGAGGAACCCUCUCUACCUGCAGAGCGUCAAGCUCCAGGAGGGUUCAGAGGAUCGGAAGUUCUGCAUCCUUUACCUGGCAGAGAACUCGGAGUGCUUAUUAAGUUUGGAGGCUUACUCCCAGGAGCAGAAGAAGAGGAUCUGCUGGUGUCUGGCUGAGAACAUCACCAAGCAGCAGCACCCCGCGCCGGCUCCCGCGGAGAGCAAGAUGCUGGAGACGGACACUGAGACACCAGGACAGAUGCACUCGGAGGAUGGGAAGAGAGCAGCAGGUGAUGCUCCUCUGGCAGCAAAGGCACCGGCUCUGGCUGAGCCCUGGGAAGCUCUGGGAGCCACCCAGGGUCCUCUCCUGGCAGCAAAGCAGCCUGUGGGCACCAAGAGGGGAGAGGAGCAGCCCAGCCUGGUGCCAGCCUUCGUCAUCCCUGAGCUGCGGCUCGACAGCACCUUCAGCCAGAGCGCCUCGGGCUUGGCCGGCAGCUCCGUGGACGGGGACGGGGAGGAGGAGGAGGAGGAGGAGGAGGAGGAGGAGGAGGAAGAUGAGGAGGAGGAGGAGGACAGUGACGAGCAGUACCUGGAGAGGAAGGAGGCGAAGCGCAGCAGCAUGAUCGAGACCUCCCAGCCCGGCUACACCCUGAGCGUGCAGAGCUCCCUGCGGCGCCGCACCCACAGCGAGGGCAGCCUGCUGCAGGACACCAGGAGCCACUGCUUCACCUCUGACACCACCCUCAACUGCUCUGACAGCCACAGCACCCAGGGCCACUGGGCCCUGCCCUCCCCCAGGACCCUCAAGAAAGAGCUCACCAGAAAUGGAGGCUCCAUCCACCAGCUCACCCUGCUGUUCUCAGGCCACAGGAAGCUGAGUGGAGCCGACCCUGAGUGCAGCUGUGAUGAAGGGGAUGAGGCCUCCCGCAAGAAACAGAGCAGGAGCCUAGCCAAGGACAUGAAGAACCGGCUGGGGAUUUUCCGGCGGCGAAACGAAUCGCCGGGGGCCAACCCCUCGGGCAAACUGGACAAAGUGCUGAAAUCGCUCAAGCCCACUCCUGAGGAAGCUCUCAAGUGGGGGGACUCCCUGGAGAAGCUGCUGCUGCACAAAUAUGGCCUGGCUGCCUUCAGGGCCUUCCUGCGCACCGAGUUCAGCGAGGAGAACCUGGAGUUCUGGCUGGCCUGCGAGGAGUUCAAGAAGAUCAAAUCCCAGUCCAAGAUGGUCUCCAAAGCCAAGAAAAUCUUCUCCGAGUACAUCGCCAUCCAGUCCUGCAAGGAGGUCAACCUGGACUCCUACACGCGGGAGCACACCAAGGAGAACCUGCAGAGCAUCACCCGCAGCUGCUUCGACCUGGCGCAGAAGAGGAUCUACGGCCUGAUGGAGAAGGACUCCUACCCCCGCUUCCUGCGCUCUGACUUGUACUUGGACAUCAUUAACCAGAAGAAAGGCAGCUCCCCGCUGUAGAGCCCCGGGCUCCCUGGGGGCAGGCCGGGAGCUGUGUGUUUACAUGAAGCUGGGCAGCGGAGGCCUUCCCGGGGGCCCGGCGGGAGCUGCCUCCCCGCUGCCGCCCGUGCCCCCAGGCCCUAUUCCUGCUGCGGGCGGGCGUGGGGCGGCUGAUGGCAGCGAGCAGGAGG